AUGGUGAAGCUCUACCUCCGCUACGAGCCGGCGGCUUCCUUCGGCGUCAUAGCCUCCGUCGAUUCCAACAUCUCAUACGACAGCUCCGGCAAGCAUCUUCUCUCUCCCGCUCUCGAGAAAAUCGGAGUUUGGCACGUCCGCCAAGGUAUCUGCACCAAAACCCUAACUCCUUCCGUUCCAUGUCGCGGUCCUUCCCUCGCCGUCACCGCCAUAGCCUCCUCCCCUUCUAUAUUGAUUGCUGGAGGUUAUGGUGAUGGUAGCAUUAGGAUUUGGGAUUCUGAUAAGGGAACUUGUGAGACUACUUUGAAUGGACAUAAAGGAGCUGUGACUGCUCUUCGUUACAAUAAGGCUGGUUCGUUACUUGCUUCUGGUAGUAAAGAUAAUGAUGUUAUUUUGUGGGAUGUUGUUGGAGAGACCGGUCUCUUUCGCCUUCGCGGUCAUCGCGAUCAGGUGACUGAUGUUGUAUUUGUGGGUUCUGGGAAAAAACUAGUUAGUUCAUCCAAAGACAAGUUUUUGAGAGUGUGGGAUAUUGAUACCCAGCAUUGUAUGCAAAUUGUUGGGGGGCAUCACAGUGAAAUAUGGUCAUUGGAUGUUGAUCCUGCUGAGAGGUAUCUUGUUACCGGUUCAGCGGACAAGGAACUUCGUUUUUAUACAAUUAAGCAAGAUUCUGUUGAUAGAGAGUCUGUAAAUGAUGGUGGAGAUUCUACUGUUUCAAAUAAAUGGGAGGUUUUGACGCAUUUUGGCGAGAUUCAGCGGCAGAACAAAGAUAGAGUUGCCACUGUCCAGUUCAAUAAGUCUGGGAAUCUGCUAGCAUGUCAUGUUGCGGGAAAGAUGGUAGAAAUAUUCCGUGUAUUGGAUGAUGCCGAAGCAAAGCGUAAAGCCAAACGUAGGGUUAACCGCAAAAAGGAGAAGAAGCAUGGUAAAGAGGCUGCAGAGGGAGCUGAAAAUGGAGGUGAGAGUAAUGAGAACAAAGGAGAUAAUUCUACUGUGAAUGAUGGACCCAUAGAAACAAGUAAAAUCACAGUUACCGUGCCUGAUGUUUUUAAAUUGUUGCAUACUAUUAGAGCUAGCAAAAAGAUAUGCUCCAUUUCUUUCUGUCCAAUCACUCCAAAGAAUUCAUUUGGAACUUUAGCAUUGUCCUUAAACAAUAAUCUUAUUGAGUUCUACUCCAUUGAAAGCAGUGAAACCAAAAAAACACUUGGUAUUGAUCUUCAGGGGCACCGCUCUGAUGUUCGAAGUGUCACACUUAGUUCAGACAGCACUUUUCUAAUGUCAACCAGUCAUAAUGCAGUAAAGAUCUGGAACCCAAGCACUGGUUCCUGCUUAAGGACCAUUGAUUCUGGAUAUGGGCUUUGCAGUUUAAUUCUCCCCACUAACAAGUACGGACUUGUUGGAACUAAAGAUGGAACCUUAGAAAUUAUUGACAUCGGAAGUGGUACUCGUGUUGAAGUUAUUGAAGCUCAUGGAGGCUCUGUGCGGACAAUUGCUGCUCUGCCGGAUAAACUUGGCUUUAUAACGGGAAGUGCAGAUCACGAAGUAAAAUUUUGGGACUACCAAAUUAAGCAAAAACCUGGUCAAGCUACUAAGCAACUCACUUUUUCAAAUGUCAAGACUAUGAGAAUGAAUGAUGAUGUUCUUGUGGUUGCAAUCAGUCCUGAUGCCAAAUAUAUUGCUGUUGCUCUGUUAGAUAGUACUGUAAAGAUUCACUUUGUAGACACAUUCAAAUUCUUCCUUUCUUUGUAUGGCCACAAGCUUCCUGUUCUGUGUAUGGAUAUCUCAUCAGAUGGAGAUUUAAUUGUGACUGGCUCUGCUGAUAAGAAUAUAAAGAUCUGGGGUUUGGAUUUUGGUGACUGUCAUAAAUCCAUUUUUGCGCAUGCUGACAGUGUUAUGGCAGUGCAAUUUGUUCCCAAGACGCAUUAUGUGUUUAGUGUUGGAAAAGACCGCGUUGUAAAAUAUUGGGAUGCUGAUAAAUUUGAGCAGCUGUUAACUCUUGAAGGACAUCAUGCAGAUAUUUGGUGUCUUGCUGUCAGUAAUCGUGGUGAUUUUAUUGUCACUGGAUCUCAUGACCGUUCAAUUCGCCGUUGGGAUCGUACUGAAGAGCAGUUUUUCAUUGAGGAAGAAAAGGAGAAGAGGUUAGAGGAAAUGUUUGAUGCUGAUCUUGACAAUGCAUUUGAAAACAAAUAUGCACAGAAGGAAGAAAUACCAGAGGAGGGAGCUGUGGCCGUAGCCGGGAAAAAAACCCAGGAAACCCUUACCGCUACUGACUUAAUUAUUGAGAGAUUAGACAUUGCAGAAAAUGAGAAAAAGCGCAUUUCUGAACAUCAGGAGGAGGAAAAAAACAAUAAAAAUAUUGUUUUCCAGGAAAAUCCGCUCAUGACUGGCCAGUCACCUUCUGAUUAUGUUCUAAGUGCAUUUAAAGAUGUCCGCUCAAAUGAUUUGGAGCAGACAUUAUUGGCUUUACCGUUUUCAGAUGCUUUGAAGCUUCUGGCAUACUUGAAAGAAUGGACUUCGUAUUCUGAUAAGGUUGAGCUUGUUUGCCGGAUAGGCACACUACUGUUGCAGACACAUUACAAUCAGUUGCUUGCAACACCAUCUGCUAGGCCUAUCUUAACUGCUUUUGGUGACAUUUUCUAUGAACGAGUCAAGGUUUGGAAAGAUGUCUUUGGUUUUAACCUUGCAGCCAUGGAUCAUAUCCAGCAAUUGUUGGCUUCAAGAUCAGAUGCUCUUUUCCAAGAUGCAAGAUCAAAACUGCUUGAGAUACGUGCUCAACAAUCCAAACGUUUACAAGACAGAUCAGAUACCGGAGAAUUCUUGCGGAAGAAGAAAAAGAAGACAUAA